AUGACCUCUACUUCGGAUAGCAGUGCUGCUGUGACGAGUCCGUAUCUUACCGUGUUGUCCAGCGGCCUUGUGCUUGCAAAUAAACGGCAGCGGUUCACUUCAACCUGUCAGUUCAAGCUUUCUCUCUUCUUUUUUGAUAUGCAAAAAUGUUAUAUCAAGUUUAUGCCCAUGAACUAUGAAGGUAACAAUGAUUCGACACUUACCAGACUCUCUAAGUACUACAUGAUUACAGAGGGAGAAUGGAAACUGCAUAAACUACAAAAUAAUGGUAGUCUAGAACUGAACAAUCAAAGCACACUAACAUACAUGAUCGUACUUGAGAGGAAGCCGAUGCUGUAUGUGGUAAUCUUCAUUUUGCCCCUCUUUUAUUUGCUAAUCCUGGAUUUGGCUUCCUACUUCAUCAGUGAAGCCAGAGGUGAAAAGCUGAGCUUCAAAGUGACGAUUCUUCUCUCCAUCUCCGUGUUGCUGCUAAUUCUAAAGGACAUGCUGCCCUCCACUGAGGAUGCACUGCCCUUAAUCUCCGUCUACUGUGUUAUCAUCUUCGCCAUGGUGGGGAUCAGCCUCCUAGAGGUCAUGCUGGUCAGUUUCCUCAUUGACUGUGACAGUAAAACAGCUGAAAUCGCCACAAAUAAAGAAAAAGAUGAAAAUUCUCAACCAGAAUUCUACCAAGACAAAGAGCAUGCUGGACCUGCACCAAAAGGCGUGAUGAACCCAGAAAAGCGUUGCCUUCCGUUGGAGUGUCCUGAUGACCACGUGCUGCUCAAACUGAUCCUGGAGGAAGUGAAAGUAGCUCGACAGGAAUGCUGUUCUCCAAGACAGGAAGAAACCAAAAAGCCCGGAUGCUACAAAAGGCUGGCAAAAAUCAUUUAUGGCAUGUUUUUUGUUGCCUAUUUUCUUUCUGUUUUAAUUUUUCUGGUUUACAUGUAUUUUGUGUGGAUUGAUGCUUAUCUUAGGAGGGGAAAUGAAAGGUUUGGAGCUUGA